AUGUUCUCCAUGAUUUGCUCCACCUUGCUCUCCAACAUUGGUACAAUAUCCUUUUCGAUAAAGAGAUGA